GUGGGGAAAGUUCUGGGUAAGGCAGGAGACCAGAGGCUGCUCCUAGUCAUCUCGCAGAAUAGAUGGGCCACUGGUCACCUCUGGCUCAGGUGUUCAGGGGGCUGUUCUGAGGGGGCCUCACACUGCUCUCUGGUCUUUGAACCUGCAUCUUACCCUCAACCUGACAGCAGGCAGCUGUCUCCUCUCCACCUGUGGCGGGGAUAGGGCAGUUUGAUACCUUUGCCAGACUGGAGCAAUAACCUCUUUCGGGUGCCUCAGCAUGACAGGUGAGGACUCCAUCAGCACCCUGGGUCUGAUCCUUGGCAUGGGGCUAUCACUGCUGCUUGUGUUCGUCCUGGGCUACAGCCUGGCCAAAUGGUACCAGCAUGGGUACUGCUGGGAUGGACCUAAUUUUGUCUUCAACUUGUAUCAAAUUCGGAACUCGAAGGAGCAGGAGAUGGGUCUACCCUUUACCAUCAGUGGCCACAUCAGCAGUCCAGGCUACCUGAGAUUCUCCAAUAGGUUAGUCUGAUGUGGGGGCAGCAUCCAGCUUUUUGGAGCCCAUGAGAGAAUUUUUUCCUUCAAAUGAAAGUCUCAGUUCAGCUCAGAACUAGAUACAGAAAAAGCCUGCAUUCUUGGAGCCCAGGUGGAAUGACAGGAGGAUUGGGAGUGGUCAGCUUUCUCAAUGGCUGUGCUUUCAAGCAGAAAGCAGACAGGACCCACCUUCAUCUAACAGUAGCUUUCAAACUCUUUUGCCUAUGACCCGAAAUAAGAAACGUGUUAUACAAUAACCUGUAUGUAAGUAGCCCAUAAAUAUGUAACAUAUAUAAAUAACUAAAACCAGUUUCACCAAA